GUUCUGAUUGCCAACUCAUACUUCAUCCGAUUGGUCAGGUACCGUUUAUAUCAUUCACUCUUAUUCAUAAAAUUCGAGGAAGCGCGGUUCUUCGCAUAGCGAAAGUGUGAAUUCCAGUUGACAUUUUCCUCCCUCGCGCUGGAAUUCGAAUGGAUUCAACCGCCAAUUCGCUGAGCUCAAGCACACUGAGUACAGAGAAAUUCUGCGCGGCUUUGUUUCCUAUCGUUGCGAUGAUCGACGCGCUGAUAGUCGCGGUUUCCGGCUGUUUCGGUUGUGAAAAUUGGAGUCGGAAGAGGAAGCCGCGCUUUGGAUGUGAGGAGAUUGCUCGACUCUCAGAAGAAUCUCGAUUUUCCUUUAAUGAAGUGGAGGCAUUGUAUGAGUUGUUUAAGAAGCUAAGUUGUUCCAUUAUUGACGACGGAUUGAUUCAUAAGGAAGAGCUUCAGCUAGCUUUGUUCAGAACUGCAAGUGGCGAGAAUCUUUUCGUCGACAGGGUUUUUGAUAUUUUUGAUGAGAAAAAGAAUGGAGUGAUUGAAUUUGAGGAAUUUGUCCACGCACUUAAUGUGUUCCACCCUUAUGCCCCUGUGGAAGAGAAAAUAGAUUUUGCAUUCAAGCUGUAUGAUUUGAGACAAACUGGUUUCAUAGAGCGAGAAGAAGUCAAGCAGAUGGUGGUUGCGCUAUUUGUUGAAUCUGAAAUGGAAUUCUCUGAGGAAGUCUUGGAGCAAAUAAUUGAUAAAACAUUUGAGGAUGCUGAUGCUGAUGGAGAUGGCAGAAUUAGCAAAGAGGAGUGGAAGGCUUUCGUGCUACGACAUCCCUCCUCACUCUUGAGGAACAUGACUUUACCCUACUUGAAGGACAUCACCACUGCUUUCCCAAGUUUCGUAUUCAACACUGAGGCUGAUGAUUGAGAUGUACAGAUUGUUUCUUGGAUCAGUAAUACUACUCGAGCCCUUGGUUGAGAGAAUGGUCGCAUUGUGAAAUGAUUGAUUUAGCACAGGUUGCUUCUGGUAAUUCUCUCUGUCGUUGUCAGAGACGGAAACACCGCACCACUCUCUCUCGGGAUAACCGGAAGGGCAAGGAUUCUUUGACCGCUCAUCAGGUCCAAUCAACAACAGAGCCCAUGGUCGCUACUGGGAAUUGAAUUUCAACUUCGGUGGCAAGCUUUGGGUUUAGCUUAGUAUAUUUGAUGCAUAUAUCAGAGCAAUUUUAUGAUUAGUAAGAAUCAAUUUUUGUGUUGAUGCGAUUCAUGAAGCAUAACCUUCUUUUUUGAUA